UAACCUAGAGAAACGGUAAAAUGUGAUUUUCUUCUUCAUUUGCUGCAUCAGUAGGCUGGUUAUUUCGACAGCCAUAAUCUAAACUUGCUCAUCUUCCUCAAUUGCUCUCUCUCCUCUUCCAAUUUAAUUACUUCUUCCAACAUCUAAUUUUUUUUUUCCCUUUUCAUUAUAAUCUCUAAAUUAAUUUGUUAUUUAACAUGUAUUCUCCUCCGUCAUCAUCUCAAUCUAGAACUUCAAUUGCAAAAGGAAUUCCUUUAUGUAAACAUGGUGUUCAUGCUAAAUUACAAGUAGUCAAAAAUGGAGCAAGGGUUGGUGAGAGGUUUUACGGAUGUGCAUUUUGGCCAGCACAAGAUUGCAAAUUUUUUAAGUGGGAAAAAGAUGUAGAGUAUACAAGUGAAAUUUCUUCUUGUUUGGAAGAAGAGAAAGCUAUGUUGAUUGGCAAAAUAAGGAAAUUGAAGGCUAAGAAUGCGAAGUUGAAAGAAAGCGAAGCUAUGUUGAAAUUGAAAGUUGUUGAAUAUGUAAACGCACAUAAAGCGUUAAGUUUUGUACUUGUUGCAUCAUGGGUUUUAUUUGUAUUGUUCUUAUUUAUGUCAAGCUAAGUUUAAGAAUUUGGUCAUGUAAUGGAACUUUAUGUAUUGAAAAUCCAAUGUUUUUGAUAAUUUUCAAUAAUUACCUUUACAUACAUAAGCA